CAGGAAGUAGCGUUUCGCAGAUUAUUUUCAUUCUGAAACCGGCUUCGUCGCCUUCUGCUGCAGCUGUCUGUGACCCAGUGUCAGGUCUCCGCGAAAGUGAAAACAUGCUGGUGUGGGUACUCUCUGGUCUGCUUCUGCUGUUUGGUAGCCUGGAUGUGUGGUACUUCCUGAGAGGCCUCUUGAUGAUUGUGAAAUCCUUAUUCCAGAGCCCUUUAAAAGAUAUCACUGCUGAACACGUCAUAGAGGGCAAGGUGCUCCCCCAUGACAUAGACUACAUGGGCCACAUGAAUAAUGCCCGAUACUUGAGGGAGUGCGACUUUGCCAGGUUCUCCUAUUACACCCGCAACGGGUUGUUCAUGGCCGCUCGGGCCAUGAAGGCCUCGAUGGUGGUGGGAGCGAGCACCAUCCGUUACCGCCGCUCCCUGGCCCUGGGCGAGGCCUUUGAGCUUAGGAGUCGCAUCAUGACCUGGGACGAAAAAUCCUUCUUCCUGGAGCAGCGGUUCGUGUCCAAGAAGGAUGGCUUUCUGUCAGCGGUCAUGUUCUGCAGGCAGAACGUCGUCCGCAGUAGCCCUGAGAAGAUCCUGGAGCACCUUUGCAAGAGGAAGGUGGAAUGCCCUGAUGUCCCAGAGGAUCUCCAGCACUGGAUAAACUUUAUCUCUGCCAACAGCCAGGCUUUGAGGGCCGAGAGCGGGCUGGACGAGAAGAGCAAGUGAGGGGGAUGAAUAUGUUUUAGCUGAUGCUGAAACCGUGUGUGUGUGCACCCACCCCAGUCCAUCCCAUUGCAUCCUCAACCAUUACAGUGGACAAAAAAAAAUAACCGUGUUUCACAUUCAAAUAUACUGUAUCUAGUAGAAUUACAAAUAUUAUAAAUACAGGAUGAAGAAGAAUGCAAAUGAGCAAGGGAAGAAGACUACAUUUCUGGAGUGAUCCUAAAGGUGCAAUAUGUAGUUUUUCCUCUCAAAAUGCUUUAAGAACUAAAGCUAUGAUGCCAAUCUAAAGGCACAGUGGAAAGUAUCCCUUGAUAUAAAGCUUUGCAUGCAUCUUGUUACAUGAUUCCCUUUGGAAUCGUUUCUUAAUUUUUUGAAUGCAAACAAAUUACUUUCUCUUGUGUCUUUUACUGACAUCAUAGCUGUAGGUCUGAAAGUAGGGGUUCCUUUAGCGGCGGGAACUUCACAUUGCACUUUUAAUGGGAUGGUGGAAGAUGUGACAUGAUUUCAAAAAGGAUCGUUUUAAGAUUGACCAAAGACUCCUCAGCUCAGGGGACCAGAACAAAGAAGCUCGGGAUAAAAGAUGUUACUAUAAACUACUGACCAGACAUGUAUACAUUGGGAUACCGCAUAUGACAUUAUGAUACUUGAAUAUUGUUAUUGUCAUUGGCUUCAAUUUAAUGUAAUUUGCACUGAGACUGAAUGUAGUCAUGAACAGAGUUCCAUAUUUAUUAUUAGAGAUUAUUAGAGACUUGCAGCUCCUAUUAUGUAAUUGUGUAAUACAGUACUGCAAAUGGACUUGAAGUGCUUAAUAUAUUUAUUUUGAAUUUAAGCAUUCGAUUGAUUCACUAUACAUAAUCAAUCCACCCUGUGCUCUGUUUUUGUGUAAUUUAUUUCCCCUGUUUUCUGUGGUUGUGUAUUGUGAAUACCUCUUUAUCAUUUGUAGGAUACCUCCUAUUGUUUGCACAGAACUGGCAUGUUUAUGUAGGCUACACUGUGUAGCUGCGUUCACAUUGGUGAAUGCCCUGGAAAUUUAGCAUGCUGUUGAAGAUACUCUUUUGAACAUGUAUCUUGUGUUUGUUUUGGAAAGGCAUUUGAUGCUAUGAUUUCAGGCGAGGCAAUAAAAUAACUUGUGAACUUGUCA